AUGCUGCGUGUGGAGCAGAACCAGGCGCGCGUGCUGAAGGACCAGGAGGACCGUGGCAUGUACUAUGAGCAGAACAGCAACGUCCACACCUUUGAUACGAUUUCCGUCGGUCUCUACUCGCAGCGCAGCACACUUUACCACACCAUGAGCGCGGAGCGGCUGCGCAACCUGAAGGUGUUUCUCAUGGUGCUCUCAACACUGGUGACGUGUGUCUACCUGUACUACCGUUAUAUGAUCAAUCCGGAUUGGGCUUACGUGGAGCGGCCAAUGAAGAUGCUGGGCAGCCGUGUGAUGGCGGUCCGCGAGCAGCGGUGGAGGCAUCUAACGGAGGCGCAGCGGUUUGACGCGUUGUGCAAGAAGGAUGGUGAGACUGCUUAG